AUGGAAGAACAGUUGAAUUCACUUUUAGACUUUUUGCACGAUGGCAAUCCAAAUGUUCGCCAACUUGCUCUAAGCCAUUUAUUAGGUUAUACUGUUAAAUCACCUCAGUUACAAAAUAUUUUCAAGCAAAAUAAUAUGAGACCAAUAAAAGAUUUAAAAAAUAUGUGUAGAGAAGAUCCAGUGAUUGCGCACGAUGCUUUUAAAGCUUUAGUGAAUUUAACUAGUGAUGAUGAAAUAUGCAAAGAAUUGAAUGAUGAUAGCUUUUUGCAACUUAUGAUAAAGAUGACUACGGAUAAUAGGGUUAUUCUUGCUGAUAUGGCAUGUAUGCUUUUGUCUAACAUCACGAAAUAUCAAGAUAUUGCGAUUAAACUCAUGAAACUGGAACUUCAAGCGGUUGAGGGAUUGCCAAGUUCAACAAAAGCAAUAGAUCAACUAGUUGAUGUAUUUGUCAGAGGUUUGAAUAGAGCCUAUAACAAAGAAGCUGAAUUUCAUUUUUUAGCAAGUGUGUUUGCAAAUGUAACAAUGUUACCUCAAGGUCGUGAAUAUUUUUUGACCAAUGCAUCGUAUGACAAUGUAACUCCGUUAUCCAAACUGAUAAUAUUUACUGAACACCCUAACAUCAUUCGAAGAGGUGGUGUCAUCUCAUGUAUAAAAAACUGUUGUUUUGCAAUAGAGCAUCAUUUAGACAUGUUAUCACCAUCAAAAAUUAAUGUCCUUCCUUAUAUUCUUUUACCGCUAUGUGGUCCUGAAGAAUUUGAUUUAGACGAUAUCGAAGGAAUGCCAGAAGAUAUUCAAUUUCUGCCAUCUGAUAAGAAACGGGAAUCUGAUGCGUAUCUUAGACAAACUCUUUUGGAAUCACUUGUACUUUUAACAACUACUCGACAAGGUCGUACGAUACUUCGUCAAAAAAAAGUUUAUCCUGUUGUUCGUCAAAUGCAUCUUGUUGAGCAAGAUGAGAAUGUCUCAAUAGUAGUGGAACAAAUUGUAAAUAUGUUAAUGAGAGAUGAGGGGCCUGAGGAAAAUGAUCAUGACGUUUUGAAAACAACACGGAGUGAGCACCCUGAUUCAGGCAAUGAUAAUACUAUUGAGGAGAUUUAA